ACCGCCUGACCCGGAUGUAGAGGGCAAGGCGGAAGUGGGGAGUCCGAAGCAGCUCUUGAGGCCGGCAGCAGGGCGUUUGGGCAGGUGAUAUUCCUGGAAUAUGGAACCCCAAGGAUGUGCCCGAGGCGCUCCUGUUCAUGCCACCAAAGAUGGCCCAAACAAGCCCUCCAUCCCUCAGAAGAAUGCCUACGCCAGGCUCGUGCAGAAACACCACAGCGGGAGGUUCCGGUCCUAUUUAAACCACAUUGCUCAGAAGCUGCAGCUGGAAGAGGCUACCCUCAAUGACUCCGGUUCGGAUGCAGAGCCAUCCUUGAAGAGGGGCCUCAUGAGAGAAGCUCUGUCGAAAAAUGGGGUGAAAGCAUCCAGCAGCUCACCAGUCAAAAUGCAGCCGGAACUGGUGGGAUCUGAGAAGCGGAGUGAGAAUAAAGAAGAAGGGUUUGCCAGGGGGCAGCGCCAUCGGAGAGAUCCCAGCACUGGCAAAGGAGAUGAGGAUGAUGUAGUCGAAGACGAAGAUGUCUCUUUUAAUUGGCAUGGCGAUGCAGCUGGCUUGUUCAGUGCGAGCCAGGUAGUGGGCAGCCAAGGGAUUUCGCCCAGACCGGCCGCCUUUCAGCAGAAAAUCUCCGGCUUUGGAGAGAGAGAAAGAGAGGAGUUCCCGAGGAGCAAACGUAGCGGCAGUGAAUGUUCUGCCAUCUUGGACAGAGCAGAGGGCUGCGUGCCUGCCAGACAGUUUGGCCUGGAUUUGUCUACGAUGAAUGCCAGGAAGGCCAGCCACUUGUCGCCCAGCCAGACGCAUGGUGGAGAAAAGAGAGGCUUGGUGAGGACCAGAAACAACUCUGAAUCGGCCAGAGCUCCCUCAAAUGUGGACAGGAGGCGACCACUCUCCGAAUCCCAAGCAGAUACCAUGAACAACUCUGACUGUAGAAUAAACCUCAGACAACUGGGAGCUGCCAGAGGAGGUUCCCAUGCUGCUUGCUCGAAAAAUCGGAGCAAGCCGACUCGAGGGCGGAAAAGGGUUUUUGAAGCCUACAUGUCACAGGAGGAUGUCUCUGCGGGACUGAAAAGGAAAACGCUCAUCCAGGGACCCCUGAGAAUAAACCCCAAGAAGUACCACGAGGCCUUCAUUCCAUCUCCAGACAGCACCCGGGAUAUCUUCAUUGAUGGAGUCGUGGCUCGCAACAGAGCUCUGAAUGGUGACAUUGUGGUUGUGAAGCUGCUUCCAAAGGACCAGUGGAAGGUCAUUAAGCCAGAAGGCUGUGACAAUGAAUCAGAAGCCGCUCAAGAAACGGAUGCUCCUGGGAAUUCACCGGCUACUUGCAUACUUGAUCGUUCAGGAAAAGGCGAUUCUGACGUCGUAAUAGAGGCUCAGUUUGAUGAUAACGAUGUUGGGAGCGAACAAGAGAGCUUGAGAAAACUUGAGGAUAUCAAGCAGUUGUCCCUGGGGGCCGCUGAAAAGCGGAGGGAUCCGGAGAGUGGCAGUGUGCCCCAUGCGAGGCAGGAAGACUCCUCCCCAGCGAACAAUCCGGACCAGUUUCUUCAAAAGACCGCCAAGGUGGUCUAUAUCUUGGAGAGGAAACACUCCAGGGCAGUGACUGGCUUCAUCCGGCUCUUGACUGACCGAAACAGCGAACUGUUCAAGAAGUGCGCCAUGUUCUCGCCUGUGGACCACAGAGUACCUCGAGCAUACGUGCCCUUGGCCGACUGCCCAGCGGAUUUUGCCACCAGGCCUGAGGACUACUCCAACACGCUCUUCAUCUGCCGUAUUGUGGACUGGAUGGAAGACAGCAACUUUGCCAUGGGGCAGUUGGCCCAAAGUCUUGGGCAGGCUGGAGAAAUUGAGCCAGAGACAGAAGGCAUCCUGACGGAAUAUGGUGUGGAUUUCUCGGACUUCUCCCCAGAGGCCUUGCAGUGCCUCCCUCAGAGCCUUCCCUGGAUUAUCCCACCGGCAGAAUUUGCCAAGAGAAGAGAUUUAAGGGAAGAAUGCAUCUUCACCAUUGACCCAUCCACUGCCAAGGACCUUGACGAUGCUUUAUCUUGCAAGCUGCUUCCUGAUGGUAACUUUGAAGUGGGUGUGCACAUUGCGGAUGUGAGCUAUUUUGUUGUGGAAGGAACAGCGUUGGAUGAAGUGGCAAGCAAGAGGGCAACGAGCGUCUACUUAGUUCAGAAGGUGAUUCCCAUGCUUCCCAAGCUGCUCUGUGAGGAACUGUGCAGCCUCAAUCCCCUGACGGACAGACUCACCUUCUCCGUCAUAUGGAAGCUGACACCUGAAGGCAAGAUUCUCGACGAGUGGUUUGGCCGGACCGUAAUCUGCUCCUGCGCCAAGCUCAGCUACGACCACGCCCAGAGCAUGAUUGAGCAGCCGGAGAGGGCGUUUGCAGCCGAGGAGCUCCCCGCGCUCUCCCCCCGGCACUCGGUCGAGGAAGUGCGCCAGGCCGUCCUCCACCUCCACCAGAUCGCCCAGCAGCUGCGCAAGCAACGCUUCAUGGACGGUGCCCUCCGCUUGGACCAGCUGAAGCUCGCGUUUACUUUGGACAAGGAGAGCGCGAUGCCACAAGGCUGCUACGUCUAUCAGUACCGGGACAGCAACAAGCUGGUGGAAGAGUUCAUGCUGCUGGCAAACAUGGCCGUUGCCCACCAGAUCUACCGCGCCUUCCCAGCACAAGCCUUGCUGCGCCGGCACCCCCCGCCUCAGACCAAGAUGCUCGACGACCUCAUGGAGUUUUGCAGCCAGAUGGGCCUGGAGGUUGACUGCAGCAACGCCGGGGCCUUGCAUAAAAGCCUGACUGAGACCUGCGGAGAGGACAAAUAUGCCGAAGCCCGGAAGGAGGUGCUGACCAACAUGUUCUCUCGACCCAUGCAAAUGGCGCUGUAUUUCUGCGCUGGGGUGCUGGAGGACGAGACUCUCUUCCGCCACUACGCUCUCAAUGUGCCCCUCUACACGCACUUCACGUCCCCCAUCCGCCGCUUCCCGGACAUCGUGGUGCACCGGCUGCUCUCCGCUUCUCUGGGCGCUGGCCCCGCCCUGAGGAUGAGGAUGGAUGAUCUCCAGAAGCAAGCCGAUCACUGCAAUGACCGGAAACUGGCAUCCAAGCGAGUGCAGGAGCUCAGCGCCGAUCUCUUCUUUGCGGUCUUUGUCAAGGAGUGUGGCCCCCUGGAGUCAGAAGCCAUGGUGAUGGGCGUCCUCAACGAAGCCUUUGACGUCUUGGUCCUGAGGUUUGGCGUCCAGAAGCGCAUCUACUGCAACGCUUUGCCACUGGUGGGAUUCCAGUUCCAGAAGGUGGGCAAGAAGCCACAGCUGACGCUCAUGUGGGAGCCAGAGGAAUUUGAGGAGGCUGCUGUGCCACAGGUCAUUGCCGUUUUCACUUUGGUGGAGGUGGUCCUGAAGUCGGACAACAUCCCCUUGAAGUACAGCGCGGUGCUGAAGAGGCCCAGCGGAGGAGAGUGACCAGGUGGUGGCGGCCGCCGCUGCUGCUGCUGGAAACGGACCGCCAAAGCCGUGCUCCCUGCAUGGGCCGCAUCCUGCAAUGACUCUUUCGUGAAAGUCAGACUGUGGAGCUCUUGCUUCAUUUUGUGGAUGGGUUUUGUUAUCAUCUCUGGGUUUCUCUUUCCCCCUUUUUAAAAUCUGAGCUGGUGGCAGCUCCAGCCUCUUUUGCAGUCGACAGCAAGAGAAACGGCAGGGACAUGAACUCUUUCAGCUCCCAGCUUCCAGACCCCGCCCUCCCCCUCCCGGUUUAAAGCGUGUCCGCAGCUGCUCCUCUCACAGCACCGUGUGCCAAGGGACUCGGAGCAGCCUGGCCUCCGCGCCUGCCUUGCCUUCGGCGGACCUUGCAUCGUGCUCCUCCUGGAAGCAGCCACGUCUGCCCGCCAGGGGCCUCCAAGGCCAAUUUUGCUGGGUUUAUAAUAAAAACUGGAUUGGUGUUGGA